UUUUUUACACCCCUCUCUCUCUCUCUUUUUCUUACUAUUAAAAAAAAAACAAUUGAAAAAUGCCAACACCUCUUCCUAUUUAUGACAUUUCUGGAAAUAUGAUAACAACUCUUAAACCAACUAUUGACCAACCAACUUUAUUAUCAAAACAUCAUCAUCAUCUUAUUGGAACACCCGCAGCAAUGUGUCGAAUGAAUGCAAACAAAUUAGAAUCAGUUAUACGACAAUCACCUCUUGAAAUUACAUUUUACCGAAUGUCGGCAGCAGAUAUGAUUAGACAUCAAUAUUAUCCUCACGAAUUGAAUCAUCCUUCUUCACUUCCAAUUGAAGAUCAAUAUUCAUCUACUUCUUUUGAUUCAACUAAUUCUUCUAUUUCCGAUGUAUCACCACCUAUUGAUCACAAUAUUACUGGCAAAACAAAGAAACACUCUUAUAAUCGAUUAUUACGUGAAAUACGUCGUUUACGCUCUGAAAAUGCCGGUUUACGCAAUAGUGUCAAUAUUCUCAAAGAAGAUUUACGCCAUGAAAGAGAAUCUCGACAAAUCGCUGAACAAGUACAUAAGAAAUAUUUCGACGAUUCUAUCAACAAACAUACCCAAUUAGAACUUGAAAUAUUAGAUCAACAAGAUCAACUGACAGCUCUUCGAAACCAAUUAGUCAAGAAUAAUCAUAUCAAUACAAAUACUUCUAUCACCAGUUAUUACAACAAUUUAUCUUCUUCUUUGGAUGAUGAAGUGUGUCCUUUAUGGGGUUGUGAAGAUAUGGACUGCAAUAACGAACGAAAAUGUUAUGAUGAAAUCAACCAUGAUCAAAAUAAUCACGAUGAAGAGGACGAUGAAGAGGAUGAUCCUUCGGCUAUUGAAGAAGAAUUUGAAGAUUUGGCCAUUUCUUACUUACGACAAGCUUUGGUUUCCAACUUGACUAGCGCACGUGCCAAUCUGGAAUUCGACGACUUGAUGCUGAAAUAUGAUCCAUCACCUGAUAGGGUAUUGAAAACUUUGGCUGAUGCUUUUCUAGGCUGGAUUCGUGAUACCAUACACACCUCAACUCCUACAUCUUCUUCUAUUGAUAAUGACACCGAACUUGAUCAAGACAGAUCUCUAAGUGUUGCUAGGUUAAUGACUACUCAAAUUCAAGACGUGUUUAUACAUUUUUGGAAAGCCAUUUUAGAACGAUAUGUACACAACGACGAAGAUCAAUAUCAAUUCUUACAUCAAGCUGAACGCAUAUUAUUACGACUUCUUCAUCAAGGAACACAACCUGAUCAAACCUAUCAGGAAUCACAAUAUAUUGUACAAAAUUUCCAUCGUUUACUCGUGAUGCUUUACAAAUAUGAUAUCGUUGAUGGUGAUGCAGUGACAACUUGGUGGCAUACUUUACCUUCACCAGCAACUUUUGAAAACAAUAAUGAUCAUGAUUUAUUACAACUUGACCUUGUAGCCGACCAAUUACGAAAUGUGACACGCAAAUUUGUUGAAUGGGUAGAUGAUGAUGAUGACGAAGAAGAUGAUGAUGAUAACGAUAAUAAUCAACAACAUCAUUUUCAUUUUGACAGCCACGAUGAUGAUAUUGAUGAUGAUGACGAAAUUAAUAUAGACAAUGAUGAUGUGGAUGCCCAAUUUGGGAAUGAUCUUGGAUUAAAUGAAACAAGCAGCUUAUCAACCAACAGUUAUGCUAUAUCUUCGGCUUCAAUUCAUCCGGAAAAGAAGAAAUCAGUCACCAUUCAAGUGUAAAUAGCCCUUUUCCCUUUAAUUUUUUCCUUCCCUCCCCCUCCCUUUUUUUUUUUUU